UCCUUUGGCCUGGUCGAUAGUUCUGGGCGCAUCCUCGCCAAGUGCGUUGGAAAGCCACCGGGCGAUCCUACCUGGGACGAGACGUGUGCACGCGCUCUGGCCGCCAUGAACAGUGCGCGUGACCGCGUCACAUCCCCUCAGCGCCCUGACGAAGGACGGCGAGGCAAUUUCAAGUCCCUAUUCACCGGUUACUCUUACGGGGGAGGGCAGAAGUAUCCUAUGCCCCUGGACAUGAAGAACGCGACGAACGUCGAAAUCGCCGAAGAAUUAUGCGCAAAUCCGGACAUCCAACGCAUCGCCCAUUAUGCGAGCACUGCUUAUGCGAGUGCGGCCCCCAAACUGUUUCGGCAGAUUGAUGACGCCCUCAUCGAGCUCGAAGGCGAGCUUCCGGAUCUCCAGCGGCCUUUUCCUCAAAGUGUAUACCCCACCGUCACGUUCAACCUCGGCGACGAAGUCUGUACCGAUCUCCACCACGACUUCCUCAACUGGAUCUUCUCUUGGUGCGCUAUCCACUGUCUUGGCGAGCACAAUUUCCGUCUCGGUGGACACCUCAUCCUCUGGGAGUGGAAGAUCGUGAUCCAAUUCCCUCCUGGAACCACCAUCCUCGUACCUUCCGCUUGUGUCGCACAUGGCAACACCGCAAUCGUCGAUGGCAAAGUUCGCAAAUCAUUCACGGAAUAUGUACCGGGCGGCUUACUUAGGUUUCACCGUUACAAGUUCCGCACUGAGGCUCAAUUUCGUACUGAGGAUCCGGAAGGGUGGGCCAGGAUGAAGAAGGAGGGCAAGGCGAGGUUUGAGGAGGGUAUCGGGAUGUAUUCGACUCUCGACUCGUUGAAGGAGGAUAUGAAGAACUAUCUCCGAUUUGUCUCGUAG